CAUUCAACAUGUUCCCACGCCCAUGCGAACUGGCCUUAGUUUACAUCUCUCGUAAAGGGACCUACGACCGUCAGAAUCUCACACCCAAGCUACAAAAUGCCAGAACUAACCGAACUCGACAAAGCAGCGAGCUCCGAGCCCUCGAAGGUGGAGGUUGAGGCGGUAGGAUCAGGCACAGACUCCGACUCUGACGACUCAAUUCCCGAGCUCGAGGACCCAACAGCAGCUGGUGGAGUUGGUUUCUCUGGUACAAAUGUCAGUGGACUACCAAUCGAUGUUAUCUCCAAGGCAAAACAGAGUAGAAGUGAGAAGAAAGCGAGAAAACUCAUGAGCAAACUUGGACUCAAGUUGGUGCAGGGUGUUAACAGGGUGACCAUUCGCAAAUCAAAGAACAUCCUUUUCGUUAUCAACAAGCCAGAUGUCCUAAAGAACCCCGCAUCUGACACUUACAUCAUCUUUGGGGAGGCUAAGAUUGAAGAUCUCAGCCAGCAGGCGCAAGUUGCAGCUGCUGAGAAGUUCAAGGAGCCACCAACAUUGUCAACAGCCGAGGCUGGGGGUAGCACAACGAUUGUUGCACCAAUUCAAGAAGAAUCCGAGGAGGAAGUUGACGAAACGGGUGUGGAGGAAAAGGAUGUUGACCUCGUGAUGACGCAGGCGAACGUCUCACGAGGGAAAGCCAUCAAGGCCCUCAAAAAUAAUCAGAACGACAUCGUUAAUGCCAUUAUGGAAUUAACGAUGUGAUGAAACAGUUUAGGAGUUAAGGCACAGCAGUUAUUUUCCAACUGCUGAGAGUCACAAUAAAUCAUCAUUUCGGAAUCAGUCAUCGUUUUACUUUGUUCUAUUCUUUUGUAAUUUCGUCUGGGAAGAAACCACUUGGAAGAACUAACACAAGAAAUUGAUAAACGAAUAUGGAAGCCCGUGUUGGAUGAAAAUUUAUGAGGAUCGUUGAAUCCUAUUGGCGUGUUAAUCACGUCACUAAUGUCAAACACCUACAUGUAUAUACAUCAAUGACACAAAAUGAAUAAACACGCUAUCAUGAA